AUGUCUACUAAUAGGACAAGAAAGUCACAAGAGAGGGAAUCAUCAAGCUCUACGAAUGCCAAGUCCACAGCAAUAAACUACAACAACAUAAGUAGCGAUGAUGAGGAUGAAGAUGGUGUUCAAGAGAUUGAUUUGACCCAAGAUGAUUCCAAGACCGAACAUCGCAACUCCAUCAGUCACCACCACCAUCCUCAUCAUCAUAAGAAACACAACCCAGAAAUCAAGUCGAGGAAAAAGAUUCGUGAGUCGAGGCGAUUUGUUUUCAUUUUAGGUAUUGUAUUUGGACUUGUGGUUACCGUGUUUUUCUCAACAAACAGGGCAAACUUCCCCACUGAUCUAGACCAGUUGGUCAAUUUAAACUUUGAUAAUCUAAACUCAUUGUUUGAAGAUUGGAAAGGUUGGAAAGAUGUGUUGCCUUCGGGAAUACAAUCUUAUUUGAAAGAUGCCGAAGGUGGUGACGACAGUUUACACGGAUCAGCUGAAUCAUUUAGUGUUGGAUUGAGAUUGAGGGCAGCAAAGAACUACACCGCAAAGUACAAUGUCGUUAUGGUCCCAGGUGUCAUUUCCACUGGGUUGGAAUCAUGGGGCACAACAACUCUGGGCGAUUGUCCUUCAAUUGGAUAUUUUAGAAAAAGACUAUGGGGAUCGUUCUUUAUGUUGCGCACAAUGAUUCUUGACAAGACGUGUUGGCUUAAGAAUAUCAUGCUUGAUACAGAGACAGGACUAGAUCCACCGAAUGUGAAAGUACGUGCAGCGCAAGGGUUUGAGGCAGCCGAUUUCUUUGUCGCUGGAUAUUGGAUUUGGAACAAGAUUUUGCAAAAUUUGGCUGUAAUUGGGUAUAAUCCAGAUAACAUGUUGAGUGCAAGUUAUGAUUGGCGUUUGACGUAUAUUGAUUUGGAAAAGCGUGAUGGAUAUUUUAGCAAGAUGCAAAAACAAAUCGAAAUGUCCAAAAAACUUAGUGGUGAAAAGUCCAUCUUGGUUGGCCACUCAAUGGGGUCGCAAGUUAUUUAUUAUUUUUUAAAAUGGGUUGAAGCAAAAGGUGAAUAUUUUGGCAAUGGAGGACCAAACUGGGUAAAUGAAUAUAUCGAAGCAGUUGUUGAUAUCAGUGGCUCUUCUUUGGGUACUCCUAAAACCAUUCCAGCAUUGAUUUCAGGGGAAAUGAAAGACACGGUUCAAUUGAAUGCAUUAGCUGUGUACGGUUUGGAACAAUUUUUCAGCAGGAGGGAAAGGGUUGAUAUGUUGCGUACGUUUGGAGGGGUUGCUAGUAUGUUCCCCAAAGGAGGAGAUCUUAUAUGGGGUAACUUAACAAACGCGCCUGAUGAUCCUAUCAAUACACUCGAAACAACAGACGCUGGCAAGGAACUCAAUGGGCCAAAAAAUGGCAGUUUUGGAACUUUCAUUAAGUACACUGGUAAGGAUGGUGAACAAAGGGAGGUUACAAUGGAUGAGAGUUUGGAACAACUACUCGACGAAGCUCCCUCAUGGUAUUCAAAACGAGUAAGAGAAAAUUAUAGUCAUGGUGUUGCAAGGACCAAAAAGGAGUUGGAAGCUAACAAUCAAAUUCAAAGCAAAUGGGUUAAUCCGUUAGAAGCAGCAUUACCCAAUGCUCCAAACUUGAAAUAUUAUUGCUUCUAUGGCGUGGGAAAUCCCACCGAACGUGCAUACAAGUACGUCCCAGCCGACAAAUCAGUCAAGUUGGAUUAUGUUAUUGACAGUGACUCAAGUGAUGGAGUUAUGUUGGGUGAUGGAGAUGGAACUGUGUCAUUACUAACCCACACAAUGUGCCAUGAAUGGCAGAAGGGAAGCAAGUCGAGAUUUAACCCAGGCAAUGUCAAUGUGACCAUCGUUGAGAUCAAACAUGAACCAGAUAGAUUUGAUUUGAGAGGUGGGGCAAAGACAGCCGAGCAUGUGGAUAUUUUGGGCAGUGCCGAGUUGAAUGAGUUGGUUUUGACUGUUGCAUCAGGUAAUGGUGCUUCCAUAAAAGACAGGUAUGUGAGUAACUUGAAGCAAAUUGCUGAGAAGUUAGAUAUAUAG